CACAGACGUGCGCACAGGGUGCAAGACAUCGUUUUGAACUGAGAAGGGUCAUUUAUGAUAAACAUAUAUACAUGAAUAAGUAUUUUUUAUAUUUGAGAGAGUAGAGCGUAGUCGUUGCAGAAAGACUUGGGUUAAGUCCCGACUCUAGCAUUAUUGCGAAAACGCAAGAAAGUUACCCAACUUCUGGGGUUCUUUCUGCUUUAGAAUAGGAGCCACAGUUGUGCCCAUGUCGCGGAGUGUGCGUGAUCAUGUAAUGGGGGGCACGCACGGAGCCCUGCCCAUCAGGGACACUCCAGACAUGUUAGCCACUGUCCACAGGUAAACGCAAAGGUUCCCUGGCCCAGGUAAUUACCAGAACAUUCCUUCCUGUCUUUGCUUCUGUGUUUAGAUUCUGUUGUUUCUAUAAUUAUCAGGUGGCUGUCUCCUCUUCUUUCGUCUCCUUGUACCCAGCGGGACAAAGGACUCUGCCUUGGCAUGGGGUGCGGGCAGAGGAAGCUGGACUGAGGUCACCGUCUUUAAACAGCAGCUGGCAGAGCCAGGAGACGGGGCAGCACGCUGGGUUAAGUCUGUUCCGGCGCUUGCUGCCACCGCACAGGGAGUUGCUGAAGUCCUGGCCCCUCGCCCUCCCUCCCGCCUCGGCUGCCUCACGUGCCAUCCCACGAUUUCUUUUCUCUUCCCCAAGGGAGAGGCAAAAGCGCCCAGCCUGGACGCAGACUGCGAGCUGUAAGGACGCCUCCCAGAGAUACCGUUGCUGGUGGCACCAUGACCUCCGGAGCCCGAGGGGCCGGCCCAGCAGAGAGCAACAGCUUUAUUGAGGAUGUCAUUGAGUUUUUCCGGGGCACAGUGUGCAGAGAAUAUCAUCUCCUGCUGACAGAUGAUGAAGCCUGGGAGGGACUCAUGGCCAAGGUGAAUUUGUCCAGGGAUGAGGCGGAUGCACUCCGUGAAGCUCUGAACAAUCUUGCAGCAGACACGACCACAGAGGACAAAGACAUGCUCCACAAAGACCCGCAGGAGAAGGAGAGCUUCGGGAACAAGCUUCCUCAGGUCAAAGCGGUGCUUGAGGAGCACAUAAGAAAGCUCCACGCCCUUGCAGAUGAGGUUGACAAGGUCCACAGGGACUGCACCAUCUCCCAUGUGGUGGCCAGCUCCACCGGCAUUGCCUCAGGCAUCCUGGGCAUCCUUGGCCUGGCUCUGGCACCUGUGACAGCAGGGGUCAGUCUGGGACUCUCGGCAACUGGGUUGGGGCUGGGAGCGGCGGCCGCUUUGACCAGUGUUUCCACCCACUUCGUGGAACACGCAAACGUGUUGUCAGCAAAAGGCCAAGCCAGCAGCCUGUUGUCAACCAAGGUGAACGUGGCAGAGGUGGGGAAGGAGGCUGAGCAACUGAACAUGGCCAAAGUAAUUUCCUUGAUCAGGAAUUGUUACCAAGACAUAGAAAGCUUUAGAAAGACCAUCAACGCCAUCCAGUUAGCCAAAGCCAAGCCUCACUUAGUAGCCGGUGCCAAGCGCCUCAUGAGCACUGAGACGAGCCGGGCCAAAGGCAGUGAGCGCGCGCGGAAAGCUUUUGCAGGCACAGCUCUCUCGAUGACCACAGAAGACAGGAUCAUGGGCUCAGCCACUGCACUUCAAGCUAUUCUGAAGGAAAUGUUCAGCCUUGUGGAAAAGUCGAAGCACUUGCAGGAGGGAGCAAAGGCAGAGCUGGCUGCAGAGCUGAGGCGGCAGGCCGGGGCACUGGAGAAGCGGCUGGAGCAGCUCACCCAGCUCGAUGAGACUCUGCAGCGGGGCCGGGCCCGGUGACCCUCCAGAGCAGUGCCGAGGUCAGAGGACGUGUGCUGGGCAAAGGCGUGGACUAAAUGCGACACUUUGUUGGAGGGAGAAAGAGGGUGAGACAAGCCCUGGGAACCGGGUUGGGUGUUAAGGAGUCUGGCAUUUGUGGAGCUGAGCACCGCAAGGCCGCGUCAAUGCAGAUGGCAGGGGGGCCAAGGGGAAGGCAGGAACGCCGCAGCCUGGGCUACGGGGAGAGAGGGCACUCGGGAGGGCGGGGAAUGGGAAGAAGUCAUCCAUUGUGGGCUAAAGAGAAUAUUGUGGGGUGAAUAGAGGGGGAGGAGUGCAGGAACGAGCCAUGAGAAGCCAGGAAAACCAGAGAAUUGGAAAUGGGAGAAAGCUAAGGCGAAUUGUUGGAAUCAGAAGAAACAGCAGCUCCACUAAUGAUCUUCCCUGUGGUUUGACGUCCAGCAAGAAUGAGUCUUUUGGUGGGAAGGGCAGGAGGGGAUGGGUAAAUUCACGGCUACAAUGUACAGGAUCUGGGGCACAGGCACACUUAUAACUUUGAAUCAAAUUGUACAAAAGCAAUUUAUGUAGCCAAAGCGUUUGUACCCCUGUAAUAUUCUGAAAUAAUAAAAUAAAAAGAGAACGAGUCUUUCCCGGUGAUGGUCUCUAGCCCCGUCUUCCCAGUAUCAGCUCGCCUUUGUCUUCCACUGGUAUGUCUCAGUCAGGCAGCAGCUUCUUGAUGGUGGUUAUGAUGGUGAUGGCGGUGAUGGUACUGGUGGUGGGAGGGCAACAGAGUUGGUAGAGGGCUUGGCAAGUGACUGGCCCUCUUUGGGGCCAGGUACAAGCAGGGACUAAUGAAGUUCCAGUAAAAUUCUAAAUGCUAUGUUGGAUUGUGGUUGAUUUGGAAAAAGAAAAGUGAAACUAGAUGCCAGGAAGAGCUGAAGCAACCUUGUGGUGUGUUGAGGAGAUUAACCAGUUUGGGAUCAAAGACAAAACCUCCCUGAGCCUCAGUUUCCUCAUCACUUGGUGAGGAGGGUGCUGGACAAGAUAUGUCACAUCCAUCUCUCUCUUUCUGUCUUGUGUUCUAUAGACUUUAGUUCAAUAAAUAUUGAACCUGAGCCUUUGCUGUGUUGCAUGAUGGGCUCACCUGGGCUCUGGGCACCUGACUUCCCUUCCUGAACCUUCUUCUAGGAUCUCAGGGAGCAAAUCCUCCAUUCCCCUCCUGUUCAUCCCUGGGCUCUCCCUCUCCCGGCCUGUCAUCUUCCUCAGACUCUGGCAUCCCAUGGGCCCAUGGGCAAACCUUGUGCACAGCUGGCUUGGGCUGAGCACAGGUGUGGUCCCCAUCUAGUGGCCAGGGACCAGGAGUGACACAUGGCACAUGAGGCUGACUAGGAUCAGAAGGGCCUGUGUGCAGCUGUAGAGUCACCGGGCGGCAGAGGGACAGAGAGAGACAGCCAGGCAGCAAACAUCCCUAUCCAGUCUGCUCUCACUCCUAGACCCCUACAAGAUCUUCCAGAAUGAUUUUCUGUGUGGCACUGCCCCUGCCCCAGCCCAUCCUCCACACUGGGCCAGAUUGGCCCUUAAGAACAUAGACCGGGC